AUGAGCUCAACUGCUGGCACGGAUCCGUUUGCCAGGGCUAAGGAUGAAGGGAAGCCAGAUUUUGUGAGCAAUGUGGCAGAAGUGCUGUUUGCAUCUCCUCUUUGGGAAGACAGCGAGAAGCAGCAGCCGCCGUGUGACUAUCGAGAGUUGACGGAGAUGCCACUGAAAAAGGACAUCUAUAAUGCUGAACCCUCAUAUCUCAGACGCGCCAUAAUUGACGGCAUGUACAACGAUGCUGCUCAUUAUUUGGAUAUAAUGUACCGUCUAUUUCGAGAGGAUUUGAUUAGUCCGCUUAGAGAUGGUAUAGCUGUGUACAAACGCACUGGUGCCACUCGCUACCAAAAACUGAGCGAAGACUUCGAUGAAGUCACCUCAGAUCUUCUUAUCUUCAAAAUAGAAGGAUUGGAAGGACUCCAAGUGCGCACGAUCGAUGGAACAUUGUGUAGAUUUGCAAGACUUACGGAAGAAUCAAGAAGUCAUCCUGCACUGUCUCGAAAUCUUAUUUUUGGCCAAGUAGUUUGCUUGUCUUCAGAUGGGUUUCAAGAGGACUAUCAGCUAGCACAGAUCGUAGAGCGGGAUAAAACUGAAGAAGAUGGGACCAUCGCUUUCACUUUCAUGGAUGAGGAUGGUACAAUUGUAAAGGAUCGUUCUUACCAGAUAGCUGACCCACAGAGCUAUUUUAUCGCUUACCGAUAUGUGCUCGUGGCACUAAAGAGUUUUACUCCGUACAGCCCUAUCCCUUUCGAGCGAUAUAUUGUCUACGGCAAAUGUGAUGUACGGAAGCCGUUUUACAUGAGGAUUGAUGAGAAUGUAGAAGAUAUUGUAGAAGAUUUAGAAAUAAGGAAAUAUUACGAGAAUAUUCGACAAGGUGCUAGGGCGAAAAUCGCGAAAAGCAAAACUGCAUACGAUAGCGAUCUUGAAGAGGAACUAGAUACAUCGUUAACAAAGAAGAAAGUUGGUGUUAUCAAUGCGUACGAAUUGGAACGAGUGAAAAUAGAGGGUAAAAUCUACGAGCUGGACAAGCUAGACGAGGAGUACAAACCUUCAACAUUGGAUAAUAGUCAACGUAAUGCGCUUAUUAAAGCGAUCACCAACGAAAUUGCUAUCAUCCAGGGCCCUCCUGGAACAGGAAAAACUUUCAUUGGAGCUGAAAUUGCUAGUGUAAUACUUCAAAAUCGAUCACGUUGGGGGAUUACGGAGCCAAUGUUGGUCAUUGCUUUCACGAAUAGUGCUGUCGAUCAGUUUGUUGAAAAAGUUCUGGAGAAGAUGUAUUCGGACUUUGACAGGGGUCAUUUCUGCCACGAAGGACCUUUAAUUGCACGUCUUGGAUCGAAAUCGGAGAGUGACAUCUUGAAGAGGGGUGGAUUUUUGAAGAAUGACCUUGUCAACAUCUAUUCUCACGACAUCAACACAGAUGGUACAAUUAAAGAACUAAAUAAUUCAUUUAAAAGCAAAAGAAAUACCCAACUGAUACUUGCUGAAGCUAGUUUGGUGCUGUACAUAUACAAAAGAAAUCUCAUCGGCUAUAAAGCGCUGACAAAAGGAAGGAUCGUACCUGAUCGAUUCAAAGUCGAGCUAUCCAUAUGGAAGAACACUCACUGUGACUCAUCUGGAUGUGGGCUAGAUGACGAUGAGGCUUUUGCAUGUUGGUUGCUUGACAAGUCUUAUAAUAGAGGGGAUAACAAAAUGGAUGCUCCGCCUGACGAUGACGAGGAUGGAUCCGACACUGAUUUCACGUCUCAGGAUCUUGAUGUCGACGAAUCGGAGGAGGCUGUAUCUUUGGACAAACUGUUGGAGGAUGUAAAUCAGUUGGCUAUUGAUGUUGAAGAAGACUUGGAUGAAUUGUACCUAUCUGAUAGGAAAUGGGAUAUUGUUAGACACUGCCCAGCUGAGAGUAACGUUGUUCUGCUAGGCAGCAAAUAUAAAACUACAACGAAAGGCAAGAAAUUUGGCGUACAGAAGCUGUUGGAUAGGGUGCUGGUCAGUGAAUGUGCUGAUGCGAAGGAGUCGAUUCUUAAGGUGAAACCUAUGGAAGCUAAAGACGUAGAAAAUAUGAAUUCAUUCUUUUCCUUAACGAAACAGCGCCGGUGGGAGCUUUAUAUGUAUUGGAUGAAACAGUUGCGGCAUACCACCGAACAGCAGUUGCCACUUUUAAUUGAAAACUAUCGUGUUGCUUGCGAAAAUGCGAAAAAUGCGCAGUUCUGGCGAGAUGUGGAGGUGUUGAGAAAGUGUCUAGUGAUUUGCGCAACAACGACAGGAGCUGCUAAGGAAAAAGAAUUGUUAGAGAAAAUUCGGUGUCGUGUUCUAAUUGUCGACGAGGCUGCUGAAGUGUUUGAAGCUCAUGUUCUGGCUUCACUUGUUCCUUCCGUUGAACAUAUGGUUUUAAUUGGAGAUCAUCAGCAGCUAAGGCCUAACCCAUCUGUAUAUGAACUGGCUCGUGAGUACCACUUGGAUGUAUCCCUGUUUGAGCGCCUGGUGAGGAACGGAUUCCCGUACAGCACACUACAAGUUCAACACCGAAUGAACUCUGAUAUAACCAGGAACAUCAUCCAACCUUAUUUUUAUCCGGAAAUAAUCGACGACACAUCUGUGCUGGAUUAUCCAUUUGUACCUGGAAUGGAGAAAAGAUGUUUCUUUUGGAUGCAUGAAGAGCCGGAAACAACUGCGCCAGAUGCGGUUUCUCGCUCAAACGAUCAUGAGGUGAAGAUGAUAGUGGGACUAAUUUCGUACUUGAAGAUGCAAGGAAUCGACUUCAGCGAGAUUACCGUGAUUGCGGCCUACUCAGCCCAAAUGGCUGCAUUACGUGAAUCUGUUGGGAAUGUAUUUGGUAGACCAAGUGAUGAUCGAACUGUCGUUGCAGUUGAAACUGUGGACAGUUACCAGGGGAAAGAGAACCGUAUAAUAAUUGUAUCGUUGGUGCGGUCUGAGAGGGACGGAAUAGGAUUCUUGGCGGUUAAAAAUCGAAUUACGGUGGCGUUGACCCGGGCAAGGCACGGAAUGUACGUUAUCGGCAAUUUUGGCUACUUAUCUCAGUGUUCCUCCUUUUGGAACAAGAUUUGUACUCGCAUGUUUGAAAACGGUCUUAUAAGUCCCACAUUGACUAUUAAAUGUCAAAGGCAUGGAAAUGUACAAGAGAUCGAAGAUCCCAGAGAGUUUGCUGAAAAAUCGCCUGAAGGUGGAUGUCAAGAUAUUUGCGGAGCGAGUUUACCAUGCGGUCAUAGUUGCCCUAGGAGGUGCCAUCCAUUCGAUGAUCAUCUCACCUAUAUUUGUUUGCAGUCUUGCUUGAAACGAUGUAAAGAAAAUCGUUACCGUCAUCCCUGUCAACGGUUGUGUUCUGAGGAAUGCGGUGCUUGCAUGCGUGUAGUUUCAGUGGCACUAGAUUGCGGGCAUUUGACAAAUGUGGUUUGCUCCGCAUUAUCUACAGCUGUUUGCGGUGAAAGAUGUGAAAAAAUGCUCAAAUGUGGCCAUCAGUGUUCUAAUGGAUGUGGAAAACCAUGUGCUAAUGUUUGUCGGGAGCCAGUGGAGUUAUCGAACAAAAUUUGCGGCCAUACAUGGAAGAUACCAUGUGACGAGGCAAAAAUUACGCAAGCAUGUCCGAUGCCAUGUCAGGAAGUGCUGCCGUGUGGCCAUAAAUGCGCUGACCGGUGUGGUCAGCCGUGCACUGUCGACUGUAGGAAGAAAGUGCGCCGCGAUCUGAAAUGUGGACACUCCAUUAUUGUCGCUUGUUGUGAAGAUGAGUCAGAAAAACAGUGUCAGGUGCUUAUGAUUCGUGAAUUGGAUCGAUGUGGACAUUCAGUGAUGAUUCCAUGUCAUGCUGGAACUGAUUCAAGCUACUGUUCUGCAGUUUGUGGCAAAAAUCUUACUUGUGGCCACAAGUGCAUGAAAAAUUGCGGAGAAUGCUUUGUAGCUGGAGGAUGCAAAUGCGAGUCAACCUGUGGCAAAGUAAUGAGUUGUGGUCAUCGAUGUUCGAAAAAGUGUGGCGUUCCAUGCGAGCCUUGUUUAGCCUUAUGUUUGUCAAGAUGUAAACAUCAGGAGUGCGGAAACAGCGGUAACGAGCAGGCUAUAAGGUAUGGGCGAAAGUGUGCGCAGACGUGUGUGCUUUGUCCGAGGUUGUGUGAUAAUAGUUGUCAACACCGUAGUUGUGGAAAAAGAUGCUACGAAGUUUGCGAUGUGAAGCCAUGUGAACAACCAUGUACGUUGCAGUUAGUGUGCGGACACGCAUGUCUUGGGAUGUGCAACGAGGAAUGUCCACGUCUAUGUGGUACUUGUCAAAGAAAAAACUACGUUUUCUUAAUAAAUCAGUAUCUUGGACCCCUUGAAGCACUCACAAAACUCGCAAGGAUAAUCGAGGUUGAGGGAUGUCACCAUAUUUUUCCAGUUAAGUAUCUCGACAAACACAUAGCUGCCACUCAAGAUCAAUGCAAUGUUCCCCUUUGUCCUUAUCCGGAAUGCUGCCAGCCAAUCGUACGAACUCACCGGUAUUCAAAACUGGUCAAAAAACGGAAUCUGGAGAAGUACAAUCAACGCAUUGAGUCCGCAGUGACUGUUCCCGAAGUUACGAAGAAAGUGAAAAUGACUGAGUUUUGGACUACUAUAAAAAAAGAGCUGACAGACUGUGAGAAGCUGCGGAAAGCAAGAUCAACGAAGAAGAAGUUCCAGAAGAAAAAUGAGUUGGUAGCUAAUGUUUUGGACACUAUCGCAGACGCUGAGCGAUUCCUUGCAGUAGAACGAGUGACUCGAACAGAUCUUUAUAUUUUUUGGAGCGAUUACACUAAGUUCAUUGUAUUGCUGUCUCGAUUGCUUCAAUCUCUCGUAAAGGUGACGAAGUUUGCACGUGCAAAAAAACGUACGCCAAUAAUUCGCAAUCUCUGUUCUGAAAUUCUGCGAAAAAAAAGCGUUCAACAAGUUUUCGAUGACGAGAUAAGGAUGCUUUGGAGUUGGUUGAGCAACUAUGGGAAAACAAGACUCAGCGGUGCCGUGGUUCCACGAGCACGAUUUCUUGCUGUUCGCUGCAUGUUCCUUAAUGAUUUAAUGGUGUUUGCCAAUAUUUGUAAUAGAGAAGCAAGAGAUCUUCCGGGCGCAUCAGCCGCAGAGUCAAUUCGUGCCAGUUCUCUAAAAUUCCUUUCCGCUACUUCGGAAGAAGAUUAUCUGGAAUUGUUUGAUGAAUUUGAAAAAGUGAUCAUCGCAACGAUGAAAAAUAUCGGUCUUGAUGGAGAGAUGCAAACCCGUGCACAACUAGGACUUAACCUCCCGGAGUUUUGA